CUCUUUUUCAUUAAUGGAGGACAGUGUAUAAUUACUACGUACAUAUCUCUGCUCAAUUACAGAAAAGAAAAAUCCCUGCGCAUUAUUUUUUUUAUUAUUAUCUCAGAAAUGCAGAAAUUGAUCGUCUCUUCCUUUUGCAUAUUGACACUGGUUUUCUUCAAACUAGUUGGAGCAAGCCAGUAUAUGUGCGCGGAAUCUAACUGUGGCAAUGAUCAAGGCCGGGCUAUCCAUUUCCCAUUGAACAUCAGGCGCACACAUCAUUGUGGAAAUCCUGGGCUUGAAUGCAAUGGGAGACAUGAGCAGCAAAUACUAAUAAAAUUUUUUGUCAAACACAUAGAUUACAAGCGUCAGGAAAUCCAAGUCUAUUUCCCAAGUAACUGCCUGCUGCUAAAGCCUGUUGAAAUCCCAAACAUGCCACCCUCUCCCUUCAACAUGUCAGUCGGUUACAUGAGUAACGUUACCUUAUUCAGUUGUCCUACUUCUGUUGCAAGCCGAGAUACGGAUGUGUAUCAAGUCCCCUGCCUCGGCGACCGUGGCAAGAGAACUUAUGCCACUGAUUCUCUCUUUAAUUGUGAAAUUCUCUUCCAGAUUCUACAACCUUGUACAAAAAUGUAUGAUGUUUUAUCAGUUCCAGGAGACAAUGGAUAUGGUGUUCUUCGUUUCAAAUGGUCUAUACCAAAUUGCAGAAAAUGUGGAGAGGGAAAGAGGUGUGGAUGGCAGAACAAUGGCAUCAACAGUGAAAUUAAAUGUCUUCCCUGGAGGAAACCAAGCAACACAUGGAAAAAAGUGCUUACAGGUGGAAUCCUGGGUGCCUUGCUUCUUGUUCUACUGAUGAUUGCAGCAUAUCGGGUAUAUAGCGCUGAUAGAAAGGAGAAAGAGAGUCGAUUAAGAAUUGAAAGAUUCUUGGAGGACUACAAAGCACUCAAACCAAGCAGGUAUUCGUACGCAGAUAUUAAGAGGAUUACAAAUCAAUUCAAGGACAAGUUAGGCGAAGGAGCCUAUGGAACUGUCUUCAAGGGAAUGCUCUCUUCUGAAUUCCUUAUUGCUGUCAAAGUCCUCAACAGUUCCAAGGGAGAUGGGGAAGAGUUCGUAAAUGAAGUGCGAACGAUGGGUCAUAUCCACCAUGUCAACGUGGCUCGCUUGGUUGGAUUUUGUGCUGAUGGAUUUGCACGAGCUCUUGUUUACGAGUUCUUCCCCAAUGGUUCCCUGCAGGAUUUCAUUUCAUCUGCAGAUAGUAAGAAUUCAUUUCUUGGUUGGGAUAAGCUGCAAGAUAUUGCCCUAGGCAUAGCCAAAGGAAUUGAAUAUCUUCACCAGGGAUGCGAUCUACGAAUCCUGCAUUUCGACAUCAAACCCCAUAAUGUUUUGCUAGACCAAAACUUCACUCCAAAAAUUUCUGAUUUUGGUUUGGCCAAGUUAUGUUCCAAGGAUCAAAGCUUGGUGUCCAUGACUACAGCUAAGGGGACCAUGGGCUACAUUGCACCCGAAGUGUUCUCCAGGAAUUUUGGAAAUGUGUCUUACAAGGCAGAUGUCUAUAGCUAUGGAAUGCUGCUACUUGAGAUGGUAGGAGGAAGGAAGAAUAUUGGUUCAAUCACGGAUAACACUACAAAUGAAAUUUACUAUCCACAGUGGAUUUAUAAUCUUCUAGAGGAAGGGGAUGACCUACGAAUCCAUAUUGGAGAAGAAGGAGAUGGUAAAAUUCCAAAGAAACUUGCAAUUAUAGGGCUAUGGUGUAUCCAGUGGCACCCGUCGGAUCGUCCUUCCAUGAAAACAGUUGUUCAGAUGUUGGAAGGAGGAGGAGAAAGCUUGAGCAUGCCGCCUAAUCCCUUUGUGCCUACUGGUCCUACAUCUAGAAAUGCUAGACGCCUAGAGCUAGAAGCUAUUGCUGAAUUAGAGUAAAAUGUAUAUGCAAUUAUGUAGACGUAUAGUAAUAUUUACAUUGAAUAAGGGACCGUUUGAUAACCA